UGUCUCGUGGUAGUCUUUCGAGUAUAGCAGACAGCGACGGACGUAUUAUGGCUGACGAGCUGAACAUUUCAGUCGGCGCAUACGAGCCAGAUGGCGAAACCGGUACGACUGGCGUCCUUGUUAGUUCGGCCGGUUACGACAAUGGCGCAGUCGGUAGCGCUGCCGGAUCAUCGAAAAAGAAGAUUUCCAAGAAAAAAUUAAUGAAAGAAUUGAAAGAAGCUGUCGAAAAAAACAAUCUGCUGCGAGAACAAGUGUCAAGGCUUUCCUCAGACCAAAGUAUGAGUGGCGGGUUCCGUCAUACUUGUUCAAGUACCGUCCGGGAAGAAAUGUCUGACUCUAGGAACGAUUCCUUAUUACUCUCUACGAUGAGUAGCUGGUCUUUGGGAAUGUUGAACGUUCCGGAAUGUGUGCCAACUCAAGGAGAAUCGGAAAUUGAUAAAAGAGCAUAUGAAUAUUUUAAAGAUACUUUGGUGGCUUCUCUACAACUGGUGAAUUCGGCGGAUGAACAAGCAAAAUUUGGAGUGUUUAAAAUCAAAGCGGGUGCAAAGUUGCGAGAAAUAUUUCAGACAACAGUUUCGGCACCUGGAAUGCCUGACGAGAGAAUGGAACCAUUUUCAAAUGCUCUUGCACGACUCGAUGAUUAUUUCGGAUCCAGGGCGUACAUAUUAUCUCAGCGAGGUAAACUGAUGAAUUUGUGCCAAACAGCAACUGAGACAAGUAUUGAGUUCGUUCGACGAGUGGCUACCGCGGCAAAAUUGUGUAAUUACGGUACCGAUGAAGAGAUGGAGGCAGUUGUUAGAGCUAUUACUAAAAGUGCAAGUGACAGGAGAGUACGAGUUCUUGCACACAGAAAUUGGGUGAAGCAAGGGACUAUGAAAGACCUUAUCGAUUUGGUGCGUGAUCAUGAAAUAGAGAAAGCAAACGAGGAAGAAUUCCAAAGAACUCAUCGCGGAGGUGAGUCAGCAGUAACAGCAGCAGUUUCCACCAAUCUACAUAAGUUACAAGUACAACGGCAAGCAAGCCUUCGUUCAAACUGGCGAGGCAGAGUAGCACCACGAGGUAAUCGAUUUUUUGGCAGAGGAGGAAGAAGUUUCAAUCAAGGGAUGUUGCGCAAUCAGAGUGGAUCUAACUGCUGGAGGUGUGGCAGUGACUUUCAUCGCUCAUUCGCUUGUCCUGCUGCUGAUAAAGUGUGUUACACUUGCGGCCGUGUAGGCCACAUUGCACGUAUUUGUACAUCAUCCAAUCAACAAAUCCGAGAAAGGUCAUGGAAGCGACCAUCCGAUUCCAAGGAGCAAGGAGUGCCCAAGAAAGUUGCGGUUAUUGAAAGCAAGUCUGUACAGCAAGAAACAGUUAACGAGGUACAGGAACUUGAUGAAGACCCAGAGUAGGAAUGCAGUACUGACACAUUCUCGUUAAUAGCUUUCAACUUAACUUCGUUUAUUAUUUUUCAAUUU